GCACUCGGCGGCCGGUGCAUGAUGGGAGCAGCAUGAGCAGCGCCGAUUCUGCUUACGGCUCGGCCUCGGAGGGCUCUCCAGCGGCAACCCACGACAUCAGCCGUGUCAGUUAUCAUGUCAAGCAUCUGGAGAGUUUUGCUCAGGCACUGCAAGAAGUUCUGCGAGUAGAGCGUUCCCAAACCGCGGCCGCGUCUCCCAGCGAUAUUCGAAGGUGCACGCCCUCAUGCUCCACUGGAAGUGUGAUGAUUUGUUUGUUCUGCCCGAGCUCGAGGAUCUGGAAAAGUGUUUUCGCGAACAGUACUCCUUCGAAACCGACAUCUUCUCCAUCCCCUCCGAAAACCCCCACCUUGACCUCAUGCUCAAGGUUGCGGACAUGGUCAAGCAGCAUGAGUCGGAGGAUACUCUGUUCAUCGUUUACUACGGCGGCCACGCCCGUAUAGACGAGUCGAGGCAGAGUACCUGGUGUGCUAACCGCCGACCUGGUUCUCCUUGGUUGCAGUGGUCAGCGAUUCAGACCCUCCUCGAGAGAUCAAUAUCAGAUGUAUUGAUUCUGCUGGACUGUUGCGCCGGUGCCGCGAGCGCCACCUUCCCCACCGGCCAAAGCAUCACUGAAACCAUAUCGGCCUCCAGCUGGGAUGCCAUUGCCCCCGACCCGGGCAGGUAUUCGUUCACCAACGCUUUGAUCGAGGUGCUCCAAGAGUGGGCGCCUCGAACCUUUUCGGCCGCCAUGCUCCACGCUGAAAUUCUCGCUCGUCUGAAACAUCCACGUCCCAUCCUAAUCAAUGGAAAGCAGUUUGAGGCGAGGUCUACGCCUGUUCACUUCAUGAUGACAUCUAACCACAGGGCGCCGAGCAUCGAAAUAUGUCGUGUACUUCCCAGAGGCCAGCUGCCGCCGUCGCCUCCGAACGAGCUGUCCUACCUGCCCGGUCCGUCGAGUUUAAGGUUGACGGAAGGAAGAAGCCGGGUUGAGCAAGCUGCUCUCCCCGCUGACACUCAAAGUCUCAUGGCGCCUGAACCGACCGAGGACAAGCCACAUGUCAUGAUCUCCUUGGCGCUUGAGGAUGACCAGCAGCUCGACAUAAACGCUUGGGAAACAUGGCUGGCCGGCUUUCCUGCCCUGGCUAAAUACGUCAAGGUGCAGGGCAUAUUCAAGAGUCAUUCGACGCUGCUUUUAUUAUCACUGCCUGUCAUGGUGUGGGAUCUGCUUCCAGAUGACCCUGCCUGCUCAUUUGUCGCCUUUAUUCGAUCAAACAACCUCCUGCACGCUCAGCAAACGGCACCGGAACCCGUUGACGUACCGAUACCUGUCGCUAGCGGAGUGCCAGAGACCAACCAGGCCCGUGACGAUGCAGAGUCCUGUUCCGGGACCACAAUCGGGGGGACCACGAUAAUAACGCCGACGGAGAAUGGCAGCAUUGUCGGGUACGGACCAACUGCCUCAAGUGGUAGCCGUCCCAUACAUACAACCCCUGCCUGGAUACCAUCCUUCGCCAAAAUUCAGGUUCCGGCUCUGAAUACGAGACCCUCCGUAGCAGCUUCUUUGAAGACUGCCACUUCCACGACAUCACUAAGCUCGCUGAGACGACCUGAAACACUGCCUCGGAACCUGUCGGCUGCUACCGGCAGUGAGCUCCAUUCCCCCAUUGAGACGAUAUCAAGAAAGAUGAUUCUCAACACGUCUCGGAGCUCUAAGAGAUCUGUCUUCCAAUCACACCAAGAUAUUCCGGAAGGCCAGCCAAUGGCUCAGCACGUUAUCCGACGCCUGGAGGAUUAUUUCCAAAAGGAUCCAGACCCAAGCGUAGGCGUCAUUGAGCAUCUUGCAUCAAACCUUGGGGUGGAGACGGCGGACAUCCACAUCUGGUUCCAUCAUCGCCGAGAGCAAGAACGGAUGGAGCAUAACCUGCAGAGUCUCAGAAUUGAAAGCAGACAAUGGCAAGCCCAGGACGGCGGCCGCAUGAUCCUCCCUGGUCAUCUAAACGAUCUCCUUGAAAUAUAUCCGUCAAAGGGCAUCCUGAUUGUAGAUUUGCGUCCUUCGACCGACUUUGAAAGAUCACAUAUUCAUGACGCUAUCAACCUGCGUGCCCCUCACAGCUUCGUCGAAAAUACUUCGCUAGAGAUGGUUGAAGAUACAUUUGUGGACGACCAGAGCCGUCGCAGCUUCAGCAAGUGGUUCCAGUACAGGUGUGUCGUCUUCUAUGACAGGGUCAUAGAGUUUGACUGGGAGUGUCCCGUCGCCGAAGCCUUGUACAAGAAGUUCAGGCGGAAGGGUUGGCAGGGACAGUGUUUCAUCCUCAAAGGCCACUAUCGCGAGUUCUCGGUGUCGUUUGACAAGUACAUCAGCGGAGCCAAGAUGACGAGCGAGGCCAAAAAUUAUGUCGACGGCCUCCGACAGCAGUCCAGUUUGACUGAGGAGGAAGCAAACAGGCGGCACGAGCGAUACGACGAGUGGCUGCGCGCAUUUGAGAGCCAGCACGGUGUGCCGACAGCAGAUCUUAUUCCGGCAAGAAAACUGGAGCGGAGAAAAGCAGUCGAACAACGCCAGAAGGAUCUCGAGAUAGAAUUCGAGGCCCGCUUCCCAGCGCUGUUCAAGAAGGCGCAGGCGAUGCGUCCGCGGCCUGAUUCAAUUGGCGAGGAUACGCCGUCAGCAACGCCGCCGUCACCUCCUCCCCCUUUCCUCAGCGAACCGUGGGAAGGGCAGACUUUCCAAGACGUCAACUGGAUACGCAAGCGGAAGUCGUCCAUCGACGGCGAUUUUGAGCUGACGAAAGCGCAUCUGGUUGAGCCUCUUGCCAGCGGGCUUGAGAAGAUGCGCCAGGUAAGCGAGUUGGCCAGAGCAGCAGCAGAGUCUCGAGCUUCGUCGGCCCACGGGCAUCAACAACAGCGGCGCAGCGAGGAUUAUCCUGAGAAGGGUAAAAUGACGUACUACGGCGACGAUGACUACGACGAGAUUGACCCCAAGCGCGAAGGGCUGGGGAAUGAUCCCGUCUUUCAGAAGGCGGGAGCUGCGGUUGGAGGAGGGAAAGUGCAGGAACGGCCGGCAAGCAGUGUCCCCGGCGAGGAGACGCCGGUCAAGAAAUCUGCUAGGAAAAGACCUUCUGCUAUAUGGGAGCGGCUAAAAGGCGGCGUGAGGUGAGGGGGGAUGGCAUGACUGCAUAUCUGCAUUUCUGGGUAUCGGAUUUGAACUUCCUAUGUUGGUGGUGGCAUGGUGCUAAAGGGGCAUGGGAAGAGUUAGGCA